CUUGAGAAAUUUGGCUUGCAGAUCCUACAUACAUGAUCCGGGCUAUUCCUAGCAUCGCUUCGGAUAAUGUCUACUGCACCCUACUUGCUCACGCUGCAGUUCAUGGAGCAAUGGCCGGGUAUACAGGCUUCACCGUCGGUUCUGUCAAUGGCAUACAUGCUUACAUUCCAUUUAACCGUAUCAUCGAGAAACGGAACAAGGUUGUCAUUACGGACAGGAUGUGGGCAAGGCUGGUCUCUUCAACUAACCAGCCAAGCAUCUUGAACCCCAUAGAUAUUGCUGAAGCCAAUAAAGAGAAACAUCCUGCAGUCAAUGGCUUGUUGAAUGGGUAAAACUGUAAAGACGGAAAGUCGAUGACCGAAGACAAUCCAAGCACACCAUGAGAGUUGCAUCGUAUAGUUCAUGUACGAGCCAUUCAUGUAAAUAUUCAGAUAGCACUAACGCUGGUUAGUGUCUGCUGUUGAAUGAAUCAUUUAUGGUUUAGAAAUUUAUGUGUAUAUGUACAUUGACGUGUUCGAAUUGGGAUUUCGAGAUGCUAUUUUAUAGAAAAUUGAUUAACCCAUUGUUCUGAUUU